GAUUGGUCCCAGUGCACCCCGUUUCCUUCACAUCUAGUGUAAAUUGAUGGUGCUUGUCAAGCUCGGUGUUGCGAUGUACAAAGAUCUGCGAGGGCCUUUCAUCCCAUAACGAACCCCUGAGUUGGGGGCCUCCGUGACAAGCGACAGGAUCGCAUGAAAACAAAGUCAAGCAAAGCUCACACUCUAACCCCCAAUCUCUGUUCUCUUUCUCUCUCUCCCUUCUUUCUACCCAUCCCAGUCAGGAGGCCACUUUCGUACCGCGUACUUUUCCAAGGCAGGCAGUCUCUCAUUUUCCAUUGUCGCUCAUUCUUCACCAACCGACCGCCCACCUUCGUUUCUCUUGGAGGCUUCCGAGAAAUUCCUCCUGUUUCAGCUGAGCGAACUCCGUUCGCAUAUCCACAGAAAUCAUGAAGUUCGCCGCCCUCGCCCUCGCGGCAUCUCUCGUCGCGGCUGCGCCCCGCGUCGUCAAGGUCGACCCCUCCGACAUCAAGCCUCGCCGGCUCGGGGGAACCAAGUUCAAGCUGGGACAGAUUCACAACGACUUGUUCCGCCAGCACGGCAGAGGCCCCAGGGCACUGGCCAAGGCCUACGAGAAGUACAACAUCGAGCUGCCCCCGAACCUGUUGGAGGUUGUCCAGAGGAUUCUCAAAGACCUGGGCAUCGAGCCGCACUCCAAGAAGAUCCCGGGUUCCAAGUCGUCCUACGGGAAUGGGGCGCCCUACACCAACGAGACGGACGACUCGGGCGAGGUUUCUGCCAUCCCUCAGCUCUUUGACGUCGAGUAUCUGGCUCCCGUCCAGAUCGGCACUCCUCCCCAGACCCUGAUGCUCAACUUCGACACGGGCUCGUCCGACCUGUGGGUGUUCAGCUCCGAGACCCCUAGCAGGCAGCAGAACGGCCAGAAGAUCUACAAGAUCGAGGAGAGCUCGACCGCCCGGCGGCUCAGCAACCACACCUGGUCGAUCCAGUACGGCGACGGCAGCCGCUCGGCGGGCAACGUCUACCUCGACACGGUCAGCGUCGGCGGUGUGAACGUGUUCAACCAGGCCGUCGAGUCCGCCACCUUCGUUUCUUCGUCCUUCGUCACCGAUGCCGCCUCCUCGGGCCUGCUCGGCCUCGGCUUCGACUCCAUCAACACGGUCAAGCCGACCAAGCAGAAGACCUUCAUCUCCAACGCGCUGGAGUCGUUGGAGAUGGGCCUCUUCACCGCGAACCUCAAGAAGGCCGAGCCCGGCAACUACAAUUUUGGCUUCAUUGACGAGACCGAGUUCGUCGGCCCCCUUUCCUUCAUCGAUGUCGACUCGACCGACGGGUUCUGGCAGUUCGAUGCCACCGGCUACUCGAUCCAGCUCCCUGAACCGUCCGGGAACAUCACGGGCACCCCGUUCAGGGCCGUCGCGCACACCGCCAUCGCCGACACGGGCACCACCCUGCUCCUGCUCCCCCCCGGCAUCGCGCAGGCCUACUACUGGCAGGUCCAGGGCGCCCGCCAAGCCCCCGAGGUCGGCGGCUGGGUGAUGCCCUGCAACGCCUCGAUGCCCGACCUGACGCUGCACAUUGGCACCUACAAGGCCGUCAUCCCGGGCGAGCUCAUCCCCUACGCCCCCGUCGAUACCGACGACAUGGACACCGCCACCGUCUGCUACGGCGGCAUCCAGAGCGCCAGCGGUAUGCCCUUCGCCAUCUACGGCGACAUCUUCUUCAAGGCGCAGUUCACCGUUUUCGAUGUCGAGAACUUGAAGCUGGGCUUCGCGCCGAAGCCGGAGCUUUGAGCCAAUGGGGAUCGCCCGAGGGGGGGCGGAUGUGUGUCUGGGCUGAAACAUAGCAUAGAGUAGUGUAGUGAAUUUAAGUAGGGAGAGGAGGGGUUAUUUUCUCGCUUCUGGGGUCUGUAUAUUUUUAUUAUAAUAUGGGAGGCCUUUUUUUGUCUCCCUUUUUUUUUAUGCCGCAGGCCCGGCGGUUGUAAGUAGACAAGGAUAGAUGGACCUUUUGCUCCUGACAUACCCCGAGUGUUUGCUUCUGACGUAGUUCCCAUUCCUCCGCGAACG